AGGAGAAAUCCUUCACCUGUACUUCAUGGGGAAAGAGUUUCAGACAGUCAUCUGCUCUCAUUGUAUACCAAGAAAUCGAGUAAGACAGUUUCAAGUCCCUACAGUGAUGCUCCUGACACUCCACAUUCCUUGAAGACGUCAAUGUAUUUCAUUCACUCAACAACCGGUCUGCUGACAUGCGCAGUGUGGAUUGUAGCGGAGCAUGCGCAGUGUCAUUUUGUUCAAAGCUCUGGAAGGCUCGCGACCAUUUUCUCCAACGGCUGCGGCCGGCCGAGAGAAAGGGGAAUGUGUGGAGAGAAUUCGUAAAGACCUCCGUGUUAUUUCGCAAACCCUAAUUGAGACCAACCGGGCCCCGUGUUAGGAGAUCUGUGUCUUUAUCCCGGGAAGAGGCCCAGGUUUACGGACGCCACCUUGGAGAGUUUUAGAAGCUGAGAUGGGACGGAGUCGGGUAAUGGAACUGAGGUAGAAAUAUACGGUUUUACUGAUGGUGUGAACAUGUGGUUUGGAAACUCCGUUGGGGAUGAAGUGUGACACCGAAGUUCCGUACGGAGAUUCAGUCAAUGGCUGAGAAAUGGAGAUUGUAACUGAAUGGACUGAAAGGCAUCGACUUCCAUCCUUCAGUCGAAAGUCUUUGUUCCUCUAACGCUGGACGUCAAAGCGUUCAGAAUCUUCACAUCGAUCCGCAACUCUGAUCAUUUAAGGGUUUGCGAAGAGAAUGAUUUGAAGUCAGGAACCUGAAACUAAACAUCACGUUAUGUCCUAAUGGAGUCACCCAGUUUAUCACAACCAGAAUAUCAACGGAUUUUAAAUAUGGAAGGGCAAAGCACUGUUCACACUGGGAAGAACAAAUACUUGUGUUCUGUGUGCAAAAAAGGCUUUAGUCAAUCAACUGGCCUUGAGAACCACAAAUGCAUUCACACUGGGGAGAAACCAUGGAAAUGCAGGGACUGUGAGAAAGGAUUCAGUCACCGCUCUGCACUGAAGAUUCACCAACGUAUUCACACUGGGGAGAGGCCAUUCAUCUGCUUCAAGUGUGGAAAGGGAUUCACUCAGCUUUCCACUCUGCUGACACACCAGCGAGUUCACACUGAGGAAAGGCCUUUUAAAUGUCCAGACUGUGGGAAGUGCUUUAAAAGUUCCAGUGAGCUAAUGUCUCAUCGGCGUGUUCACACUGAGGACAGACGGUUCAGGUGCUCUGAUUGUGGGACUGGCUUUAAGUGGUCAUCUCAACUCACUGUCCACCAGCGCAUUCACACUGGGGAGAGGCCAUUCAUCUGCUCUGAAUGUGGAAGUGGAUUCACUCAGUCAUAUCACCUCAAGGCACACCAGCAGGUUCACAGUGAGGAGAGACCUUUUAAAUGUCCAAACUGCAAGAAGUGCUUUAAAAGUUCUAGCUACCUGCAAUCCCACCAGCGCGUUCACACUGAGGAGAGACCUUUUAAAUGUUCCGAAUGUGAGAAGUGCUUUAAAGGUUCCAGGGAGCUGAUUGUCCAUCAACGAGUUCACACUGAUGAGAGACCGUUCAGGUGCCGUCACUGUGGGAAUGGGUUCAAACGAUCAUCCCAACUCACGAUACACCAGCGACUUCACACUGGGGAGAGAUCAUUCAUCUGCUCGGAAUGUGGACAGGUAUUCAUUCGGUUUUCCACCCUGUUGACACACCAGCGAGUUCAUUCUGGGGAGAGGCCAUUCACCUGUACUGAGUGUGGGAAAAGAUUUCGUGAGUCAUCCCACCUCAAGGCACACCAGCGAAUUCACACUGAGGAGAGACCCUUCAAAUGUCCUGACUGUGUGAAGUGUUAUAAAAGCUCUGGAGAACUGAAGUUACACCAACGUGUUCACACAGGCAAUAGACCAUUCAAGUGCUCUCACUGUGGGAUUGGGUUCAAGUGGUCAUCUCGUCUCACUGCACACCAACGCACUCACACUGGAGAGAGACCAUUCAGCUGCUCUGAGUGCGGGAAGGGGUUUACUCAGAAAAUCCACCUCAUAACACAUCAGCGAGUUCACACUGGGGAGAGACCUUUUAAAUGUACAGACUGUGGGAAGUGUUAUGUAAGAUCCUGGGAUCUGAUACGCCAUCAACGCAUUCACUCUGAUGAGAGGCCUUUUAAAUGCCCAGACUGUGGGAAGUGCUUCAGAAGUUCUGGGGAACAGAUGCUACACCAACAGUGUUCACACCAAUGAGAGACUGCUCAACUUCCCACUCUUUACAGGACUGGGUUCAGAUAUCAUCUGAACCAGUACAGCACCAAGUUCACACUGGAGAGAGACCAUUCAUCUGCACUGAAUGUGGGAAAGGAUUCAUUCAGAAAUCCCAUCUCAUUACAUAGGUGCUGAGACAACAGCAAGUUCAUCGGUGAUUUAAGGAGUUGUAAUUUGCUGUUAAUCACAUCGCAGUCACAAACCUGUUAUAACAUCCAGCCCAGCUUAAGGUGCUAAUGCAACAUGUAAAGAUAAUUUUUUGGACUUGGCAUUAAAAUCCAAGUUUGCUGAAUCUACUUCAUAUCCCAAAUAAUUCAUUAUGAAUAUAAAUCAUAAAACUGAUAUGGGUGAUACAGUAAUAAUGGGUGACUUGAAUGCUCAUAUAAACUGGGUGAACCUAGCCAACAUACAUGCUGUGGAGGAUGGAAUUCGGCAUUUGUGCUGAACAUUUCUGAAGUAGAACAUUGAAGGGCCAAGUAGGUAUCAGUUCGUUUUAGGUUUAGUUGUCUGUAAAGAGGAAGUAUUUAAUAACCUUUGCUGUUAAGGAGCCUUUGUUGAAUAGUGACAUUAAUAUUGUGGAAUGUUCAAUCAUAUUUGAUGUUAUAGAAUGGCAAUGUGGGUGCCCCAACAUCCUGAUGAGUGUAAACAUUCAGGAAGGCAUCUCACUAUCACCUUCUCCCGGGCAGUUAAGGUUAUGCAAUAAAUACUGGCCAAGCCAGCAACACCUAAAUCCCAUGAAUAGAUUUUUUUAAAAAAUGAAGGCGUGUUACUUCACUGAAAUUGAGUAUUUGAACAGGAUGUUGCUGGGAAAAUUGCUGUUUGUGUUAAAGCCUUUCAAAAUUGUUAUAUCCAUACAGAGCCUUUUUUUAUUUUGUGCAAUGAACUUGUGUUGUUUUAUUAAAAGAACUUUGGCAGUC